AUGGCACCGCGCCGGCGUGUUGUUCUCAGUGACGAUGAAGAGGACGAGGUUACAGGGCCAAAGUCGCCUGGACCCGGGCCGGUGAUCAACGACGACGCGAGUCGCGAUGAGAUUCUCGCCGCUGCGCGCACACUUCAAGCACAGAACAACCAGUUGCGGGAGCAGCACGCGCGCGAUGAACGUGAACGCGAAGAGGCAAGCGAGGAGUCGAGUCGUGGGCCCCGCCGCGGCAAGGAGAAAGAGGAAUCAAAUCCGGCCGCGCGCGUUGCCAAUCACGCCCGCAAGUAUGUCCUGACAAAGGGUAUUUGGCUACAGACUAAGGGCGUGAUCGAGCGCAAGUUUGACGACGCAUUCGAUCCCGCCGACGCCGAUACGCGGUUCGCAUCGACUCGUAACAUUGCACAGGGUCAGUUACACGAUAUACUUGAGGUUCUGCCGGAAGAGUACCGCGAUCUUGAUAUGCGCAAGCAAUCGUGGCUUCAGUCUGCGUUCACCUACGGCUUGUAUAGCCAGCGAGGGAACACUAACACUCGCCUUCGUCAAACGUGUUUCGAGGACAUAUUGGGCUCGGAGAACAAGGACGUGAAGCCGAAGCAUAAGGCAGACACCCGUCAUGACCGUUUCUUGGAGGAUAUGGGCUGGGAUGAGGACAUGCGCCUGGACGACGAAGGGACUCGCGGGCCGGGAUACAAUGCCAUGAAGGCUCGGAUCAUACACGCCGUCAAGGACGACGGUACGAUGGACAACACAACUAUAUUUCGCAACGAAAAAUUGUUCUUCAUCUAUGCUGCUCUGACGCGUGGGGCGGGAGGCCUCGAGGCAUUCAAGAAUGGGACCAUAUACAGCGGCGGGGGCGGCGAGUGUAUGGAGUCCAAACACAAUCUGAAACACGACGGUAUACAGCCCGGCGCCAUUGCCGCAUGCGGCACCUGGGCGAUCUGGUUGGUUUCAAAGGACGAGAAGGUCAAGCCCGAAGGCGCGUUAUCGGGGAUUAACUAUAGAGACAUCUUCAAUACGUACCUCGAGUUUAUCUUGAGCGGCCUCCAAAAGCGUAAGCGCGCAGUGCGCGAGCUGAUGGACCUGUGGAACCGGAAGUUCUAUCCGGGGUUUCAGUCUCGUCCACGCGAUCGCGCGGCGCGAGAGGGAUCGCCAACGAGCAGCGCUCGGCGCCUCGGCCAGUCGUGGCUGGACGAUGACGAAGAGGAGCCUCCCACCGACGAGGAGGCGAACGGAUCGUUCACGCCACCUCGGGAGGCUUCGCCGUCGCGCCAACGCAGCUCGGGUUCAGCGGGGCACGCUUCUUCGCCUGGACCCUCAUCUCGCGCUUCGCAGCAGCCUAGCGCGGGACCGUCGUCCCGCACACGGCGCGCUGGUAAUCAGGGUCGCCCGCGAACUAAGCGCCGUAAGGUGAUGGGUCAAUUUACUUACGAGGAAAACGGUGUCACGAAGACACAGACGAGGGAAACCUCGAUUGAGGUGCCUGCCAGCGAGGAAGAGGGGGAUGAGGAGUAG